UCCCGCGCUCGAUUGCUCCUGUCUGGCGGCGGCAGCAUGGCGGCGGGGGCGGUUGGGGCGGCGGCGGCGGCGGCGGCGGCGGCGGUAGUGGAGGUCGGCUCACCCCAGCAGUUUGAGGAGCUGCUGCACCUCAAAGCCAAAUCCCUCGUUGUGGUCCAUUUUUGGGCGCCAUGGGCUCCGCAGUGUGCGCAGAUGAACGACGUGAUGGCAGAGCUGGCCAAAGAGCACCCCCAGGUUUCGUUUGUGAAGUUGGAAGCCGAAGCUGUUCCUGAAGUAUCUGAAAAAUAUGAAAUUAGUUCUGUUCCCACGUUUCUGUUUUUCAAGAAUUCUCAGAAAAUUGACCAAUUAGAUGGUGCACAUGCCCCAGAGUUGACCAAAAAAGUUCAGCGACAUGCAUCUGUGGGCUCCUUCCCACCCAGUGGUAGUGAGCACCCCAAAGAAGACCUCAACCUUCGCCUGAAGAAAUUAAUUCAUGCUGCCCCCUGCAUGCUGUUUAUGAAAGGGACUCCGCAGGAGCCGCGCUGUGGUUUCAGCAAGCAGAUGGUGGAAAUUCUCAACAAACACAAUAUUCAGUUUAGCAGUUUUGAUAUCUUCUCAGAUGAAGAAGUUCGUCAGGGCCUCAAAACCUAUUCCAAUUGGCCCACCUACCCCCAGCUCUAUGUGUCUGGCGAGCUCAUAGGAGGACUCGACAUAGUGAAGGAGCUGGAAGCAUCUGAAGAACUAGAUACAAUUUGCCCCAAAGCCCCCAAAUUAGAGGAAAGAGAUGUUAUUACUACAGUGGGAUGGGCACGUUGUAGCUGUCUCUGCAUUUCUGAGCCAGGAUCCAGCUGUCUUGAUGUCCAGGUUUUAGUCAUGGCAUAAGCUGGUGCUGGUGUUUCCGACACGGGCCCUGGUGCUGCCGCUGUCACAGUCCCAUCAGAGCACUGGCGUGGGCGUUGGGGAGCCGGUGCUGUGCGUGCUGUGCGCGGGCCACGCGGAUCCCCGCUGCCUCCGAACCCUGGGAACUGAGCGUCCGGAGAGACUUCGGAGCUGUCACAUCUGUCCGACGCGUCUUAUGAAGCAUCUCAAUCAGCUGUUAGACAUUUUAUCUUAUAGAAAUUUUGGGCUUUGGCCUGUAGGGAGACUUAAAGGAUUUUUUAUUCUAAUAAAUAUGAAUUAAUGUAGAGGUUUAAAAAGGAAUUUCUUUUGAAGUGUAGUGGCGUAUCAGCCAUUCAUUGUUGGGGAAUGGCUGGGCUUCAGUCUGAAAGGUAAAACUUCCCCAUGUCAUUGUGUUGCCAUUUCACAUUUUGAGAAAUUUUUAAAAAAAUUUAUUUUAUUGAUUUUAGAGAGGAAGGGAGAGAGAGAGAGAGACAGAAACAUCAGUGAUGAGAGAGAACCAUUGAUUGGCU